ACGUGGGUAGUUCGUAAUGGCGCUGUCUCUCCGGCGGAGCCUGCUCUCGGAUUGAGGCAGCACUGCCAGCCGCGUGUCGGCUUUGAACCGGGAUUAGGCCAACGCCGUCGUUACCCCGGAGUGUCGUCGAUAAACAGAAGACACAAACCAACUAAAGCCUUUCUGUUUCCCCCAACCAGAACACAUUGUGGAUCUUUUUAUGGACAUCUCGGAUUCUGUAGGUCAGUCUCUGCCUCAGAAUCAUUUAAACCUCCCCGAAGAAAGUUCUUUAAUCAGUAAUCUGGACUUGUCUCAAGGUAUUGACACCGCAUUGAAAAUGCUGAGCGAUAAGGAUCCGUUGUUGCCAUCCUCCAGUGAACCGUUCAGAUUGGAGCUGCAAGCAGAUGGUAGCGAGCAGUGCCAGCUAGACACAGCAGAAGCCCUAAGGUUAGGAGAUGUAGGUGCUGUCAUCACUGCGGUGGAGGAAGAUGAACAUGACCGAGCAUCUGGGCUUCAAGAAUCUUCUCAGAAUAGCAGUAACUCAGAGCCCAAUCCAGUUCAACCUAAUAGAAAGUCCCCCCGACUCCAUACACCAGUAGCUGUGCUGGAGAGUAAAGAUGAGAACAAAGACCAACCUGCAAGAAUCAUCCACCCAAGCAGUAAGGAAUUUAAAAAGACUUGGGGAUUCCGUCAGACAACUAUUGCAAAACGUGAGAAUGCUAUGGAUGCAGAGAACUCUGACACAGCUCUGAGUGAGAACUCGGACCAUUUAACGCCCUUAUUGAGAAGGAGCAGGCGACAGACUCAGAGAUCUGCCAGAGUUCAGGAAUUUAUUUCAGCAGCUCAGAAGCGCUAUCGCAAAAUGUCAGGCCUUGAUGAUGGUGAAUGUGGACCCAAUGCAACUUCUGAGGCAGGAACUGGCUCUGAUGGUAGUGCAGAUGUAGAUGAAAAGGGCGUUGGAUCUCUAGACAUGGCCUUGGACAAGGGCUCUGCCAGUGUAUUUGGAAGAACAAAUGAGAUGGCUAACUCUGAAGAUAGCAGCACCAACAGUGACAGUGAUGAACUUACACUGAAGGAACUACAGAAUCAGUUGAGAAAGCAACGUGGUCAAGAGCAGCCUGAUUCACCACAGAAUGUACUCAAAGGACAGGAAAUGUGCACUGAAGAAAAUCAAUCCAGAAAAGAAUCAAAGUCUACAGUCACUGCAAAAGCUAAAAAGAAAAUAAUAACUCCUGUAAAGAAAAGUACUAAAAGUGGUCCUCCUUCAAAGGACAAAGAAUCAAAAUCACCAUUAGAUGUUAAGUCGGAGUCAGAAGAUGAUGAAAGUUCAACCAAUCAAUCAGACAAUGAGUACAAUGAUCCAGAUAAAUUAUAUUGUAUAUGUAGGCAACCACAUAACAACAGAUUUAUGAUUUGCUGCGAUCGCUGUGAAGAAUGGUUCCAUGGUGACUGUGUGGGAAUUACAAUGGCAAGAGGACGCUUACUGGAACGCAAUGGGGAAGAUUACAUCUGCCCUGAUUGUAGUCCAUCUUCAGGCAAAGGUUCAGGAACCACAGUAAUGAAAUCUGGUCAACAGGAAAGUAAACCAGUGCUGGCGAGCAAUGAUGACCCCAGCUCAACAGUCGAGAAGCGAGAGGGAAACGCUCCUACUGAUCAAGGAAUAAAAGGCAGGAUUGAGAAAGCAGUCAAUCCAAGUGGCAAGAAGAAAAUUAAAAUAUUUAAGCCGGCAGUGGAAAUUCCUGCAGUACCAAAAUGUAUUGGGCCUGGCUGUUCCAACCUGGCCUCUACUGACUCUGUGUACUGUAGCAGUGACUGCAUACUGAAACACGCUGCAGCCACUAUGAAAUCACUCAACCAAGCAAAGGAUCAGAAACAAAAGCCAAAAGGAAAAUCAAAGACUGAGAAGGUGACUUCAUCCAAGUCCCUUGCAGAGGCAAGUUCGAAACCUCUAACAUUGGGUCCAAUCAAAGCUGAAGAAUUUAAUGCGAAAGAAUUUCCGAAUAAAAAAUUGGUGGUAUUGGUCCAUAAGAGCCCCGUGCCGCCACAAAAAGAAACUGUGUCAAGCAAUAUUGCAGGGACUUGGACGAUUGAUCAUAAUUACAACGCUGUAAAACCUGAAAAGACUCUGAUGUCCACUUCAGUUUUUUACAGAUCGUUGACUCCAAAGGACAAGGCAGCUGACUCCAAGCAGACUGAUUCUGAAUCUCUCGAUGAACAAACUCCUGCAACUUUGCGAUCUGCUUCCUCAAAGCUAUCAGCUACAGCAACAAAGCAACCUGCUGGUUCAGUGGAACAGCGUGUUGUACCUAAACGAUCUACUCCACAAACUUCAUCAAAACAUCAAACUGCAUCUAAACAUCAAACCUCAUCAAAACAUUUAAUUUCAACUAAGCAACAGACUUCAACCAAACAAAGCAGCACUGGGUCAGAAUACCGAAUACCAUCCAAGCAUUCUUCUUCUGCAGCCAAACACACUGUGCAUUCAUCUGAGCAACCUCCAGCUAGAAAAUCAGCUGAUAAACAACCAGUUCAACCUUCAGCUCCAGCUCCAAAAAACACCAGCCAACUGUCUAACCCUCAGAUUCGACAUAACAUCCGUCGGUCACUUAAGGAGAUCCUCUGUAAAAGGGUGAAUGACUGUGAUGACCUUGAUGUAACUGAAGAUGCAAUUGGAAAAAUAGCAGUGAACAUUGAGAAGGAGCUCUUCACCCUAUUUCAAGAUACUCACAGCAAGUACAAGAGCAGAUACCGCAGUAUUAUGUUUAAUUUGAAGAACCCCAGGAACCAGGGUCUCUUCCGCCGUGUUGUACGAGAAGAGAUUGUUCCAUUCCACCUGGUACGUAUGAGUCCUGAAGAAAUAGAAUCGAAGGAACUCGCAGUUUGGGAAGAGAGAGAGAGCAGAUCUGCACAAGAUCAAAGUGAAAGAUUGCAGCAUGAAAGCAAAGGUUCAGUCUUGCUGGCAGCCGACAAACAUGAAAUAGAUAUGGAGGAGGCACCGCCUAUGUCAGAUGCUGAUGAGCAGGAAGAUAUCCGUCCUGCCCAGAAGACUAACCAUCCGCUACCUGACAUCUUCAGCAGCAUGCUUAAAGACACAACGGAUGAACACCGAGCUCACCUAUUUGACCUGAACUGCAGAAUCUGCACAGGAAAAGUUCAAGUCUCAGAAGAUGAACCAAUGCCUAAGAAGCCGAAAGUGGUAACCAAAAAAGCAGAACCAAAAAUGAAAUCGAAGACUGAUGUGAGGCGUCAGCAAGAACAAGGCAAAGCAACAGUGACUGUUUCAACACCAGAAGAGAACUCUGGUUCAAUCCAAGGAAUUACCUCUUUUCCCUCUCCAUCAAUAGUUACUACAGCUACAAAUGUAGUUACUUCACAGCCUACUUCAGAAUCUGUCAGCAACUCAUUCAUAUCACCAGCCACUAAUCCAACUGGAGUUAUCAGGACAGAGAGAACAUCUGUCACUAUAGCUUCUUUGCUUACCACCUCCAUUAUCUCUAAGUCUACAUUAUCAGUGUCUUCAGUUGGUACCACAGGUUCUGAGAGAGUGAUGGGGAGAACUUUUGCUGGUGGAAAGGAGGAAGAGGAAGCACCAAAAUCCAUUUUGGCAUCUGCAGCUCCUAAAUCUAUACUUACAAAAACAUCAACAGCACCUGAGCAAAACUAUACAGUAUCAACAACAUUAAGGGUUUCAGAGGCGAAGACCCCAGCUGAAUUGGACACUUCACUGUUCCUGUCUCACCUGGAUGCUAUUUGGAAGGGAUUUAUCAACAUGCAUGGUGUAGCAAAGUUUGUCACUAAAGCUUAUCCAGUCUCUGGGUCGAUUGACUAUCUCGUAGAGGAUUUGCCAGAUACAAUUCACAUCGGUGGUAGAAUUUCACCCCACACAGUCUGGGAUUACGUAGGAAAACUGAAGUCAUCUCUUUCCAAGGAAGUCUGUCUAAUUCGGUUUCACCCAGCCACCGAGGAAGAGGAAGUCACCUACAUCUCGCUGUACUCCUACUUCAAUAGCCGGGGACGCUUCGGCGUGGUGGCAAAUAACGCCAGACACAUCAAGGACCUCUAUCUAAUUCCGCUUGCUGCUAAUGACCCGAUUCACUCCAAAUUAUUACCUUUUGAGGGCCCAGGGUUGGAGAAGAGCCGCCCGAACCUCAUCCUGGGCUUGGUGAUCCGGCAGAAAGGGAAACGCCGUCCGCUGGAACCGGAGCCCGAGCCCGAGCGAGGGGACACUGCCCCAGCCGAGGACAAGAGGAGCCGGCUCGUUCCUCGGGAGGAGUCCCCCGUGCCGCCGGUGCCAGCCAGCAAGGAGGGCAAGCCUGGCCGGGCUCCCUAUGCAGAGGGGGCAGUGGCUGGCACUCCCCCGGGCUCCCCUCCGUCUGAAGCCGAGGCAGAAGCGCCGCCGGCCGCCUCCAAAGCCGCCGCCGCGCCCCCGGCUCCGGGGAAGGUGGCCAACCCUCUGCAGCACAUCCUCCAGACCCUCUUCGGGGGCAAGAAGAGUUUCGAGAAGGUGCAGGAGCCGAGCCCGGAGCCCGAUGCCCAGGCGGCAGGAGCAGCGCCCCUCCUGGACCCCAUCGUGCAGCAGUUCGGCCAGCUCCAGGAAGACAAGCCCCCGGAGCCCGAGGAUGAUGACAACCGGCCGUACGACCCGGAGGAGGAGUACAAGCCCGAGGCGGACACCCCGUACGACCCGGCGGACGAGACCAUCCUGGAGGAGGCGAUGGUGCCCAUGGGCGGGGAGGCGGGCACUGGUGAAGCCAAGGCCAAGGGCAUGGAGCUGGGGCCCGAGCUGUACCUGAGCUCCUCGCUGCAGGAGCAGCAGAAGAUGCUGGAGAGCCUGAACCAGCAGAUUGAGGAGCAGACCCGGCAGGUGGAGGAGCAGGAGGAAGCUCUCCGCCAGCAGAGAGCGGCGGUCGGAGUCUCCAUGGCCUGUUUCUCGGUCUCCGAUGCCCUGAUGUCCCCUCCGGCCAAACCCGCCCCUUUCAAAGCCGAGAUCUUCGAGGUGCCCGAGCCCGGCGUGGGGCAGUUGCCAGGCCUGGAGUCCACUGGCCUCUCCCAGAUGAUCGACCAGAGCAGGGACCCCCGCCAGGCUGCCGUCAGGAGGCUGGCUCCUGGCCGAGCGGCCGCGGAAGCUGUAGCCCUCCCGGUCGAUCAGACCGCCGCCACUGCACCUUACAACAGCCCCAGGCUCCAGGAGGUCGCUCCCCAGGAGCUUCCUGCCCCAAGCCAGCAACACGGAGAGGGGCCCAGCCCCAACCCGCCAACCCUUUGGGCCAAUGAGGAGCCCAGGGCAACGGUGGAGGCCCUUCAGCCCCCCUUGUCCCAGGAAGCAUCCCCUGGGCCGGGCGGCCUCUCCCAGCCUUUCCCCCUGGUGGAACAGGCUCCUUUCCCAGCUCUUCAGCCUGCUCCCAAAGUUCUGUUACCCACCCCCACCCUGCCCCCGCUCCUAGGCCCCUCUUACCCUGGGGAUCGGCCCGCCUUCCCCUCACCUCCACGUGGCUCCCAAUCUUUUGGCAACUCUCAGGAGAAUUUCCACCCCGGGAACAUGCAGCAACCCCUGGGCCCUUUCCCAAAUUUCCAACAUCCCAACAACAGCCAACACCUCCCUCGGAAAGGAUCGGAUUUUAUCCGGGAACCGGGACCCGCUUUCCAGAGCCACAAACCCAUGCCCCUGUUCCCCAGAGGGGCUCCUGUUCCUCGAUACCGCUUCUCAGGCCAGGGCUUCAACCAGUCUCCCCAUCCCAUGGGAAACCAGUCUCCCCAUCCCAUGGGAAACCAGCCCCUACACCAAAUGGGAAACCAGUCUCCCCAUCCCAUGGGAAACCAGCCCCUACACCAAAUGGGAAACCAGUCUCCCCAUCCCCUGGGAAACCAGCCCCCCCACCCCAUGGGACACCAGUCACCCCACCCCAUGGGACACCAGUCACCCCACCCCCUGGGAAACCAGUCGCCCCACCCCAUGGGAAACCAGCCCCCACACCCAAUGGGAAACCAGUCCCCAGCGCAGCAAGAAUUGCACUCUGCUCCUGGCUCGGGCCUGAAGGACUCUGAGAGAUUGGGCGGUCCUGGCCCAGAUUCCCGGGACAGAGAGAGAUCACGGCCAUACCCCGGCAGGGGGCGGGACGGCCGGAGGGAACGGCCUGAGAACCGUUAUCCGGCCGACCGGUUCCGCAGGGGAGAGGAGAGGAGGAGAGAUCGGGAAUAUGGACGGCCCUGGGAGCGAGAACGUGGCCGAGCGUGGAACCGGGACUGGGAGCGGAACAGGGAGAGGGACAGGAACAGAAGCAGGAGCAAGGAGAGAGAGCACGACCGGGACAGGUACCGGAGGAGGGAACGGGAGCGGGGCCGAGACAGAGAGCGGAGCAGAGACAAGGAGAGAGAGCGCGGAAGAGAGAAGGACCAUGAUAGAACUAAAGAGAGGGAGCGGCGAGAGGGCAGCGGGAAAGCCAGCGAACAGGACAAGGAGAGGGAGCGGCGAGAGGGCAGCAGCAAGAACAACGAGCAGGAGAAGGGGCGAGAGGGCAGGAGCAGCGAGCAGGAGAAGGAGAGUGAGGACAGUAAGAAAGCGGUGGCGGCAGACAGCACAAAGGCAGCAUCGUGAGGCUGUGUGCUGGGGUCCGGCCACUCCGAGCCUGCCCGGAGAGGGACAGACACUGGGCACUACCCUCCGCCCUCAACCACUUGGCCCAGUGCACGGUUCCACAGUGUCUGCGGCUCACUACAAAAACAAAACCAGUCGCGAUGUUCUCAUCGGGGCGAGUUCUCUUUAAUGUUUCUGAAAAUGAGAACCUCCCCCCCCCCCCCCCC